GUCAAAUGCAUUUGGAGUUCGCCGAACCGUACAUCAGCUCGUAGAAUAAUAUCAGAAGUGUGUUGCUAGUAUAUUUUUUGUUCCAUUCAGAUUGAUAUGUGACAAGAUGGCAGACGAUUGCAUGGACGGUUUGUGUUUAUUAGGUGGCACAGAGACGAAUUGUUUAGUUAAUUCUUCAGUGAAAAGUGAUGAGAAAUCGAUAAAUGUGAAUAAACUUGAAUGUGGAAACAAUGUUGCUAGUGUUUGCGGGCCAAUCGGUGCAGCCGAAACUCAGAAAAGUUCAAAUAAUUCAGUGGAUAAGAAAUGUGUGAGCGUUACCGAUACGACCAACAAUAAAUGUGACGGGAUAACAAUAGUGAAUCGUUGUGCGAAUAAACAAAAGACACCUGGACUAGUUGGAUUACCCAGAGCCAAUCUGAAGCAAUUAAAGGAUAUGAAAAUGUCAUCAGAGGAUACGCGUGAGAAACGUCGCUGUACAGAUAGAUAUGAUUCCUCCGAAUCGUCAGACAGUGGUGUCGCAACAUUAAGCUGUACUGACUCCAGCACAACAUCCAGCGAUGCGUCUGAUCCCGGUUCACCGUAUAGUCCGUCAUCUUGCGACGAUAACAAUCCGAAUGGUGUAGUAGCAAUGCCACCGAACACACAGACCGCAGCGGCGCGUAAUUGGCCGUGGAAUAAUAAUUUUGUUACGAAAACAUCCAACAACAACAACAAUAACAACAAAGUGAAACGGAUUCUAGCACCUGAACUGUCCAUCUCACCAAUCAAGAAAAUCCGUCCGAAUUCGGAUAAACUUGCCACCAACGACACAGCUUCCAAGAAAGCGGCGAACAAUGGAAAGUGUAAAGCAGCCGAUGUGGCACAGAGUGAGGCGAAUCCUCAGACCAAAAUAACGGGCUUCUUCAAAUCGCAAUUGAAACCACCGAAUUCGCUGAAACGAGAUCUCACCAAUUUGGUUGUACGGUCGACCGAAUUUCCGAAAGCACGAUUCGAUCUCAAAACCAAUUCCAAUCAGAACAUUGACGUACGAACAUUGACGCCGAUGCCACCGUCGCUGAAGAAGGUGGAACGAAAAACGGCCAAAGUUGCACCACUAGUGCCAAUAUCGCGUAAAGCCACAACAAAUUCGAGGAAAGCAAAUCAGCCAGCACUACCAAAGAAACCCGUUAACAUUGCACCGCGAACAGUCGACACGAAACGGAAUCCACCGCCGUUGAUACCGAAACUGUCCGACAUACGCUCAACGGAUCAGCCACCAAAAAUUACUCAAUCCACUGUUUUGCUCACUGCCAUCCGUCUGCCGCAGCAGCAAAUCGGUUCACAGCAAACAAUCGUGCAACAGUCGCAAAAUGUUCAGGCAAAGACUCCGACAAAAAUGGGACCAGUAUUUCAGUUACAUGCUCCAGUGAUGCCGAAAUUAGUACAAAUACCAAAUAUCCUAUCGAAGGACACAAAUAUUGUGAUGAACAAUGGUCAAUUAGCCCGCGGAAUUAUGAACAAUGGGACGCAUUACUUUUUGAACGGUGCCGUCAUUAAACUUCAACAGUUGCCGCAAGCGAAUAGCGUCAACGGUCAACCGAACGGGCUUACGACCAUGGAGCAAUUGAAUAAUAUGAUUCUAAAAUCGCCAACUAUUGCAGAUCAAGUGCCUUUUACUAAGUCUCUUCCACUGCAUUCAACGCAACAAUCUCAGGUUCAAACACAAACAUAUGCAACGGCCGUAUCGACCGGUCAGUAUGCUCAGCCAAUGUUUAUGGCCACAUCAACGGGAAUACUAUUGAAUACAGCACUGCCAACCGUUAUCACAUCGCAUUUGUCCGGUUUACAUGCAAUUACGCAAUCAACAGCAAUACCAGCCCUCAAUCCCUACAAUCAAAACACCGACAACCUAUUACCAGGCAUCAGCACAAUCCUACAAAAUCAUCAUCAAAAUCCGCACACAUUCGUUUCAACAAACAGCAACUACCAGCUACAGACUGCCACACAUCAAUUCCAAGUACAACAACCACCGAUCCUAUCGACCAUUCCAUCGACGCCCGUAUCAACACAUGUACGUUCGAAGAUCCCUCAACCAUCAUUGGCGACAUCGAUAUGCGCGUCACCGGAAUCCGCAUCGUUCAGUACAUCGAUGCCGGCACUCAUUACAUCCACUCCCACCACAUCAGUUACUAGUGCAUGCAUGAGUCCAAAGGAAACGUCACCGAUCCUAAAACCAGUUGCAAACGGCAUCGAAAUGCCGGAAUUGACAAAAAUCUCGCUUAACGUGGACACAGCCUUACCAACGAUACCAGUUGUGCCAGCGCAGGAUUUACAAUCGAAAUGUUACGUUGACAUUUUGUGUUCACCCACCGUUCCUUCACUAUCACCGCAACCGCAGAGUUCACCUCCGUGCUUGCCAUCACCGAAAAGUCUUGUCCUGGAAAAAAUUCAACAAAAGAAACGCGAAGACUUGGAGGCCACCAUUGACAUCCGGAAACCAUUUACCGAUUAUUUGCGACCGGCCAUCGUUGAUACGGAAUUUCAAACGGCCAGUCUACCAGAAUGCGCAAAAAGUCCCAUUCUAUCGCAACCGAAAACGAUUCGGUUCCCGGCAAUCGGCACCAAUGGCGUACGGCUGGGCAUUCGUAAAUCGGACGGUCGCAUUAUCGGCGUGUGUUAUUGGGAUGAGUGCGAUGCCAAAUACGAUACCAGUUCGAAGCUGCUGGAUCAUAUGCAAACACAGCAUGUGAAUACACAGAUCGGGCCGUUCACGUGCCAAUGGUCGGGAUGUAAGGUUCAUGGACGGGAAUCGUGCUCGAGAAGGUGGCUGGAACGACAUGUUUUAUCGCAUGGCGGAUCGAAGCAAUUCAAGUGCAUCGUGGACGGAUGCGGUCUUCGAUUUGGAUCACAGCUUGCCCUGCAAAAACAUGUGAAUGGACACUUUACAACCGUUGAAACGAAAGAACCUGCAGCCAGACGUUCGGAUCCACCAGUUCCAAAAAAGCUUCGUCUAACUGGCAAAAAAUUAAGAUAUCGCCGCCAGCCAUUCUCAGCACGUCGAUUCGACUUUUUCGACUGUGGCAUUAUGGAAGGAUUACAGCAUCGUUUGGCGCACACAAAUACGAUUACACAGGGCCCGGGUGGCGCUAUCACAUUUUCUGGGAAUUUAAUGGCACGCCGACUAACACUGACUGGACACAGUGAAUGUUUGAUCCAAUGGAAUCCGAGCAACAUCAUUUCCGAUGAAUGGAUGUCCACACCGACAAGCCCAUCAGCAAAGCUAACGAAAACCGUAAAAAUCCAAUCACUGUCGCCAAGUGAGCACAUAGCACUGCAACGGUAUCUUCGACACAGCUACGGUAACACCAAUCUACUGACCACAACAUGCGCUUCCGCUAAAGUUGCAUCGCAGGCCGCCUCAGCGUUACCAACAAAAAAACUUCGUAAACCGCCGAAAACAAUGCCAUCGUGACCUUUGAAUAAAGUCAAACAUUUAGUGCGUAAGUUAAAAAAUGGUUAGAAUUUUUAUAUUAUUAUUAAUGAGAGAAAUAUACAACAAAACAAAACUAAUGUGACCGUUGUGGUCCCGUCUAAUGUAUAUUCUGUAAUUUAAUUAGUGAUUUGUAAUUAAAAGAAAAUUAUUCUCCUGUUUGUUCGCUGCCCCCCCACCAUUCGAAACAGAAAUGAUCGGUAUUUCGUGUACAGGAGAGAUGGGGAGAGGAAACAGAGAGACACGGUGUAAAAACUUAAAUUUGUUUUUAAUUUUGAAUUUUUAACAAUUUUGUUUGCGGUGAAAAAAUAUUUUCUUUUGGUUUUCUGACUCCAGCCGCUUAAGUUAAAAAUUGAAAAUGAAAGAAAAAAAAACUGAAAAAACAAUAGCAAUUUAGCGUCGUCAUUUUGAUUGUAAUUUGAAUAAUUGAGAAUUUAAGCUAAGGAUUUAUAUAUGUAUUCGAUUGUCGAGUGUAGCGUAGACGCAUCAUCUGUGUGAUUCAAUUGGAAUUCGUUCUGGGUGAUCUCUGUUGCUUUGUCCUUUCGUUCUUAAAUUAUUUUAUUUUUACUUCCAUCCUUGUAGAAGUAGACUGCCAAUUUCAUAGACCGGGAACCGCACGUGAUAUAUUAGUCUAGCAUAAAGCCUGACCAGACUGGCACGAAAUAGUCCUUCUGGCGUUGUAUGAAGAAAAUGAAAAUAUGAAAACAUUUAUACAAAAAUUGAAAGGGCCCUUCGGGCGUCACCUGAAAACUUACAGAGCGGAUCUGAAGGACCUGUUUCAAUCCUAUGUGUCAUGCCAUAUUGUUACAUGUUUGUUCUAUUGCUCCAUUGGUUUUGAGUGCAAGAGCUUCGACACGGUGAAACUCAAAAACUUUUUGUUUAUUUUUAUUGAAAAAACAAAUUUAAAAUUCGAAAAUUUGAAGCUAAAUACACUCGAUAUUGCGGAAAAGUGCCAGAGAACAAACAAUUUUUUCGACUGGUUUUCAGUUGACCACUUAAAGUCUCGGCAGUAAAAAUAGAGUGGCCACGUUCACUUUUAAUUGUCAAUUGAAUUUUGCGAAGAUGUUUAUGUGGAAAUCUGAAAAGUAAAAUUUUGUAGUUAAAUGGCAUCAAUACGGCAAAAAUUUCUGUGUGACCUUAUCUAUGAGACUGAAAUACACGUGCAGAUUCUCGGCCUAGCAUUCCGUGUUUUUCUCUCCUCUUUGAUUCUUUUCAAAGUAAAACUAAUUUUUUGCGUGGGUUGGAAACCGCCUUCGGAAAGUAAAAAAAUGAAAAAAAAACUUUAACUUCUGAAGAUGAUCACAGCCUCCUCUCUACUCAUGCAGAUGAACUCUACGAACUCACUUAUAAAUAAAAAAGUAUAAAAACAUAAAAAAAUCAUUUAUUGUAAAAUUGUAUAUGUAAUUUCAUUGUAUUAUUAAGCUAAUCGUUUAAAAAGGGAUAAAUAAGGAAGAAGAGACAAGAAAAUUAGUUAAAGAAAGGUAAAAAACGUUUUUGUUUUAAAAGGAAAAUUACAACAGUCAAAUGUUAAUGAUGAUCAAUGUCGACAAUUUUUUUUAGGCAAAUUUUAUUUCGAAUUCGAAGAAAAAGGAAAAUUUUUAUCGUCAAAUUUAUUUUAGAAAUAAAAAAUUAAUUUUUUUAGAUAAUUUUAUCGUAAUCUUAAAAACAAAAAAAUACAAAAAAAAAUCGAAAACAAAAUCUAAAUUCUAAUUUUAUAAAAUAUUAUGGAACAAGAACGCGUUCAUUUAGAGUUAUUAAUAUAAAUGGUAAAACAAAAUGACAUUCGGGUUGAUUGUUUUGUCGUCAUUAACCUAUAAUUUUGAUUUCAUUUAAAUGGAAUUGUGUUGCAACGAUCCCAGGCGAAAUGGAAGCGAAAUGGCUUGAAUUCCUGAGGUUUUAUCAUUUUACAACAACGUGUUUCAACAAGGUCUUAAAUAUAUCCACCCUCGCUGCAAAAACAUCUCAAUAAAAAUUCUUACCAAUGUACGGGUUUAUGAUUCUUGUCGGACCCAUUCGUGUCCUAUGUCCUAUGUGUUGUAAAAAACACUUUUUCAAAUCUGCUACUGUUUUGAACACGCAAAGAUCUCACUGUCAUAUCUUCGAUUUCUCUCAUUUGCUAUUUGAAAUAGUAUACAAAUGUAGAGAAACGGAGAAGAACAGCAGUAACAGCUACGAAAGAUACGAAUUCACUCUGUUAAGGUUAUAGUACAACUGUAAAAUGUUUGAAUUCUGACUUAUUUGGUGACUGUAGCUCCGGACUAGAUGGCCAAGCGAAACCGUUUUUGUACAAAUUAUUGCAAUAUAAAUGUGGACUCAAAGUGACUCGCAACCCGGUCGUAGUUACUGGUUCUCUAUCAGUUUCCGUUCUUUUUUCUAAAAAAAAGACGAUUCGGUGUCUUCGUUGUUCUGGAGCUAGACCGAUGGAAUUGGGAUGAAAUUUCAUGAGAUUGAACAGAAAACAAAAUUAAGAAAUUUUUGAGAACUUUCCGGAAUUUCGGGAAAUUUCUAAAAUUUUGGGAAUUGUAAGGAAUUUUGGAAAUUUUGCAGAAAUUUUAGGAAUUCCGGGAACGUUGGGAAUAUUCAGGAAUUUAAAUCCCUAAGAUCUUGCUUGAGGUUCGCAACACGAACAUGAAAACAAAAAUCGGAGGUGGUCUCGGGAGCAUUUUUAAACUUAUUUUCAAACCCACUGUGAACGUGAGUGAUAGAAUCAAGAUUAGAAAUAGAAAUCUCUCUGAAAAUCAUGUACGUAAAUUGAUAUGUUGAAAAGACAAUAUAAUCUUGGGACGUUCACCAUUUUCACAAUCCCCAAUUUUGGCCCAGCUGAUCAUUUCAAAACAAUUCAUUUAAAUGAAUGAAAAAAGAAGAAGAAAACAAUUCAGUGAUAUUAAUAUUCAAUUUAAUAAACACACCGCUUUUCAAAUUGAUCUCAAAUUAAUUUUAUAUUUCAUUAACUAAAAAAACAACAGAAAAAAGAGAAGGAGAGAGAGAGGGGAGGGGAGAAAAAUGGGAAAACUUAAAAAAAUAGAAAAUAUAAAAUUAAAAUAUUGAAAAACAGCAAAAUCAUCCAGACAACCGAAAAUACAUUUCCGUGAAUAUAACCGAAAUUGUAAAAAACGAUUAAAUCCAAGAGCAAUCACAUGACAUAGCACAAAGCACAUUUAUUUUAGCGUAAACAAGAUACAAAAGAGGAAAAUAAAAUUGAACAAAAUUUAUACAAAAAAGAUGAAAAAUAGUUAGUUUUGGCUUUAUAUCUCAAAAAUAUCGAAAUCGAGAGUUUUCUAUAUUUUUUUAAAAAACGAAAUUAAAAUGCAACAAAAUGAAGGUCAAAAUUUAUAUCCAACCAAAAAACAAAGCGAAUGAAAAUAAUUUUGAACAUAAAAUCUAACUUUAAAUUAUAAUCGAAGCAACAAAAAAAGAAAUGAAAAUUCUAGAAAUUUAAGGCGAUAAAAGUUGUACAUAAAACAAGUAAAUUAAAAAAAAAAAAACUUCAGGAAAACCAAAAUUUAGAGACAAAAAAUUUAUUUCUUAAAGGAAAACCAAUGCAAAAAAAUUAAAUUUAAAUCAAACCGCUUUUAUAUAACAAAAAAAUUAAAACUUUUGUAUAACAGAGAAUAGCAACACAUUUAGCGAAUCAUGUGAUUUCCGUGUUAUAAAAUUUUUCCGUUUUUUUUUUACUUCCUUUUUUUGAUGUGCUUUUGUCCAUACAAUUUUGUUGUUUUUAAAUAUACAAAAAAAAACAAUCAUUCGGUAUAAGAUGCAUACAUAACCUGUGUCAAGACCUGUGUACACUUAAUUGAAUUGAAAUGAAGAAACGGGACGGUUUAGAUAUGCUGCGAAUUGACGUCAUAAGUGCGCCAAAAAUUCAAAUAUUCUUUUGACAGACAAUGUCAAACGCUGACAACCAUAACACUGCCAAUAACUACACAAAAACAAAACAAUUUUUGUUUUAAAUGUUAACUUUGAAACUAGAAUUCGACGUGUUAUUGUCAGUAAAUUUCGUCGCCAAAUUUGGAAUUUCUUUUGCGCAUAUACAAAAGUGCAUGUGGUGUGUGCUUUAACUAACACUAAGAAAACAUGCCUCCUGUCUGUACGAAAGACAAUCAGCUUCUACUACAUGAUUGUAGUUGACUUCAAAUGCUAGUGCUAGCUAGAGUGCUACCCUAAAACUGAUGGAGUGCUAUGCUAGUGCUAGCUAGCGUGAAAUGCAAUAUUUCGCAAUUUUCUGGGUUGACUCAUGGACUUGUCAGACUUGUAGUCUAGUUAUUGUCAAUAGCUUCGAUAGAAAAUUGAUUUUAUUUUGCUGUUAAAAUAAAGUUUGUCGCGAAUGUGCAGUUACACAGUCACUUCUCGUUUUUUAAUAAACUUUUAAGGAAUCACAUUGGUUGACACGAUAACGUGACUAAUUUAAAUCAAAGCCAAUCCAGCUGAUCUCUUUCCCAACUGAUGACAGAAUUGUGUGCGAAGCAGAAACACAACCAACUUCAUAAUAUGAAUUAAAAUGAGCGCGUUCUAUUACUGAAAAUGAAUGAAAAUUAGCUAAGUGAGUGACUUCAUUUAACAUUGGAUUGAAGUUGGUUGUAUAAGAUUUGUACACACAAAAAUGAAUAGCCGAUCGUCGGUAGCGAAAAUUUUAUAUCUAUAAUAGCUCACGGUGAUUAUUGGUAUGCAAAAUUGUAACAAGUCAGUAACAAGUUAGCUCACGAAAUAGUCAACUGCCCGAAACGACAAAUGAAAAUGUCCGAAUUUGAAUGAAAUGGCGCCACUUAUGAUGUGAAUUUUUAUUUAAUUUAUAAAAAAGAGAGAAAAAUGGACGAUUAACACCUAAAUUCGUAAAUUAGAUGUGAAUCCGCUAAUUGCCACACACAACCAACGCAAAUAAAUAAAUAUAGAAAGACAAAAGAAAAAUCAUCAACAACAAACACUCUAACCCAUGAAAAAAGUCUAAAUUAAAUUGAUAUAAAUCUCGUAAUUUAAUUUAGAGAAUAAAUUUACACAAAACAAAAAGAAUUUUAAAUUUAAAUUUAUAAAAAAAGAAACAAAACUCUUUGUAAGUAAACAUAAUCGCGAUGUAUAAAAUUGACACUGCCAAAAAAAUGACUGACGAUACACGUGAGAGACGGGGAGUAGGAGGAGGAUAUACGAUAAAAGAAAGUAAAAAAAAACUUUCUUUUUAACUUAAUUAAACUGACACAAGAAUUAAGAAAAUGGGAAAAAUUGUUUAAUUGACUCGUGCAUUAAUAACAUAAAAGCCCAUCCAUCGAUUGAAUUAAUAACAAAAUUUAAAAUG